AUGGAGACCACGAAUGCCAAACUGCUCCGUGCAGUCGUCAACCACGUAGUUCUUCCGCCCAAUCUACCUGAAAAAGUCGACAACAACCUUGAAGAGAUUAAUCGGGAUCUUCUGCUGCGCGUCCGGGAUGCCUGCCUUGAGUUGAAUACAGUUACCAAGGGCGAAUUCCAGCAACAGUUGAGCCUCCUUCAAAGUUCACUGGAUCAUUGUCAAAACAUCCACGCUUCGGUACAUCUUGACAGCCUUCAACUUCAACGUGCAUUCCGGAGACUGCAAAGCGGAGAAGUUCUCGUCAUUCACAUUAGCGAGCAGAACGCAGGACUCUUGGUUAGACAUGGUAACAGUUCCUUGAAGGGCCAUGUCGUUUUCGAAGCCUUUGAAGUUUCCGCAAAGUCCCAAAAGGUUCUCGAGUCCCUGAGCGCACUGCAAUGGGACUUUCCCACCUCCGCCGCGGCUAUACCGGCCGAUAUCUUCGCCGACGAAAGCUUCCAGCAAAACCUUGCCGAAUUUCUGCAGAAAGCGAGUCUAGAAAGAGUCGAUAGAUUUGGAGCAGUCGUUUACAAAGCCAACUCACCGGCCCUUGAGACGCGGGAUACAAACGACCCUGCCCUAGUCACUGGUCUAUUGAUCACGUUGCUGGAGGGGAUGGGCCAGCUGACCACUACCUCUCCCAUCCGCAAACGUGUCAGAGACGAAGUUUGCCGGAAAGACUCGGGCAUCCCAUGGAGAAGAUCGCCGUUUUGGCUGCUUCUGCGGGUGGGCAUCUUGCGUCUCCUGGAGCAAGCGACAUGUCAUUCGAUCUCAAACGCCGUGUACAAAGCCCUGAUGUGUGUCCUCCACGCCCAAUUGUUGGGUCAGGUAGUCGGCUCUCAGGCUCCUGAACUCAGCCAUCUCCUCCUGAGAAAGCUUGGUCGACGAGUAGCAAAAUUGGAGAAGGAUGGAGCUCUUGUUACAGCUUCAGAAUCCAGGAUAUCAGACGCUUACAGUGUCCUUUUGGAUAAUCUUCGUCCUUUUUUCCGUGCCACGACAAAGCAUGCGACAUAUCAACUCCAAAGCGUCUGGAACAGUCACAAGUCGAAAAUUCGGCGUUGGAUCGCUCAACUGAAGACACGACAGGCCAGACCGGAGCACAUGAAGCUCAGCUUGACAAAUAGCGCUCCUUAUCUUGACCACCUGAAUCAGCACCCACCUCUCAAGAUCGCACACGGAGGGUCAUAUGCCAUGCCGCCCACACUGCUGGAAUUUCUUAAGAAGUACUCGGAGCUCACGGAGCUGGAGGAAGGAAUCUUGACCCGAAACACUCCAGUCGUUGCCGCCAACCAUAAGACGUGGGUAGAUUCAAGCAUACAGCUUGCAAAACAAAUCGAAACUUACCUUGGCAAAUCGAUCGACUCAUUCGAGGUGGGAACAGAAGAUCGCAGUUGUAUGAUUCUAACGACAAUGUGGCUAUGGGUUGCGAUGGACAAUCUGCUAUGUCGCUUCAUGCCCGAGUUCUCAAGGUCCAACCCAGUCUUCGCCCCACAAAUUCUUGACUGUCUACGGCUUUCCUCGUACCCUGACCUGCGUCGCGUCAAGCAGAUCCAGACCUACCUUGCUCAGCGUCACUCGAGUGACACGAAUACUGUCUCCUCGCGGACCGUCUUGGACCCUCCUAUUUCAGGCUGUUUUGCCGAUCUGUUCUACGAAAGUCUGCCCUCACGUUCCGAGAUUCACCUACUGCAUCAAAGUAUUGAGCAGACAGAGCAGACACGAAAGCAGGAGAAAGAGAUGGAAUGGACAGAAAAAGAUACGAAUCAUCGACAAUUGAUGAGAGAGAUCUCCGCCGCAGUUUGCCAAUUCACCUUUGUUGGCCCCCUGCUGAUUCCAGAGCAUGAUGAGCACAAAUGCAAGAAAUGCAUCUUGACGAAAGCAGCUGCCAAGCUUCGUAUAGAAAGAAUUGAAAAGCCAAUGCCUCCAAACCGAGGUGAAGGAAGAGCUGUACUGCUGGAACUGCUCUGCCCGGCCGCUUAUGCUGCAUACCGCGAAGCUACGUGGGCUAUCGUCGCCAGGCUUGCGCUUCCAAACAUUGAACAAACAAAAAGUGAACCUCUCACCAUGGUUGAAGGCUACUACGCCGAAUUUCGCAGAGCACGGCGGCCGAGCGCUAGCAAGAAAGGACUCACUCUGGCCUCCCGAACGAAAUCGUUCUUGCAGACGCACUACCGAUUCGCCAACUUCCCCAUUUCCUGGGAAAGAGUUACUGUCAACAAUGGCCUAAGAUUCGAGUACUACGAUUGCACACGUAAAGUGUGGCUUGCCGAACAUACACAUCGGGUUACAUUCAGCCACCACUGUAUGAUUCCUCUCCCUCGGCACAGCCCUUUUGCCAAAAUCGCUUUCCCUCCCAGGAUUUUACCUGAAAAUGGUGAGAAUAGAUCCGCUAAAAAUGCAUGCGUUACUCGUCGGGGAGCUAUUCCGAAAAACUUGAGUGCUGAUGCCGAUAUUACAUCUAACGAAAUCCUCGCCGGGCUGCCUCGGUGCCCUCAGGCUCUCGGUUUUCCAGAAUUCCUGGCCUUUCAAGGACUCAUAUGCGGCAACGGUCGUUUGUGGCAGGCGAUUCUUGUUGAGCUAGGCUCCUCGAAUCUCAACUUCAGCUCCGAGGCAGUCAUGAUUUUGACUAAAUCAUUAAUUUGUCGAACCGGUCCUGUGAGCGAAGACACGGACCAUGUGGCAAAUGCUGUCUUUCGCGAUGCUAGCUUUUGCAGAGCUCUGUUGAGCCAGACUGCACGACGUCUGCUGGCCAUAAGCUCAAACCCGAGUGAGCAUUACUGUAUGGAAAUCUUGAUCAGCUUGAUUCUGAAAGUGAAUGCUGUCGGAGACAAGGGCUCGUGCGAACAAGCUUCACAGUUGCUUGAAGUGGCCAGAGGAAUCACCAUUCAGUGGAUCAGGAUGCUCCGUAAGGAGUUCUGUGACACAACGAACGACAAUGCCUCCGCGCGAAUCUCAUAUUUGAUUCUGUGGGCUGCUUUGUUGUGCAGACGAACAUUCUCCAUAUUCACCCAAGGACAGCCGAUGAGCCUUCCACCGUCGACGAUUGAUGUCGUAGGGGUGCAAGACAAUAACACAGUCCUCAUUCCUCUACCAGCACUGACCUCACUCCUGGAAGCUUCCAUCGCUCUACACGAAAAUCAACCAGUUGAUCCAGAGAAACUCCAACCCACGCUUCGCAGCACGUUGAUUCGCGACAUCAAAAUGAUUUUCCGUCUUCAGAAUUGUCUGGAACGUUCGCUGGAGAAGUAUCCCACCUCUUUGAUCAUCGCCGCAGUCCAAGCAAAUGUGAUGAGCCGUGAAGCUCUAUCUAUCCGAUCGACGUCGUUCAGUUUUGUGGAGAAUCCAGACGGGAAGUGGGCAAGCUUGCAGCUUCCAGGCAGUCGACGCACGGAACCGCAAGUCAUCCAGUUUCACCUCGUUGCAGGAACGGUACUGCUAAACGGUAGGACCGUCGAAAAGGAGCUUCCGCACGAGAUUCGCCGCUCGGCAGGACUAUGCCGGCUUUUCCCACACCAAAAACUCAUUGUCUGGCCCUCCGCUGCCCAUGGAAUGACCUACAAGGUUGGUUUUGACAUCGAAGGCCACGAGGUCCACCUUGGAUUUCGGCAGCAUGUUCUCGUUGUCCGUGCUUGGACGAAAGAUGCAGUACUCGAGUUCAUACCUGACUACAUUUUCACGAAUGGAGCGUCCUCUGAUAUUCCCGCAUCAUUGAUUGAAAAUUGUGUGCAUUGGCUCAACUUGGGUGAAAAUGUUAUCGAGGUCAGGAAGGAGCCACGGAUAUGGAGAUCUAUACCCUCGAACUGGAAAAUCGACCUCCGUAGCUUCAUCGCCAAACGCAGGGACUCGACACUGCUUGAUCCAGGCAGUAACCUCGUUCAUCACUUUGCGAGUAUGUUCAAGGGGUUCGAGGAUCCACGACACAUCACGGUAUUCCAGCCUCUUCGGGGUGCGAUUCAGGUGGAGCUUCGUCGCUUCGAGCUCACUUUCUUUGUCAACAUCGACGGCUUCUUGGAGUGCCAACAGUUUCGGGCGGAGAUCGAUGUGAACCAGGAUGCGGGAACUUGGUAUGGCCUUACCUCGAAGAUCGUCCUCCGCGACGUCGAUAACCGGAGACGCCGAAGUGUCAUCGUGCCAUUAGGAUCUCCGACAGUGCAGCGUCGAGGAAUCCAUGUGAACGUCGAGAUUCGAAACAGCGAUCCUGUUUACGCUCGUUACUUCUUGGACGACGUACUGGGAAGGGUGACCUGUGCAUCAGAACCUAGACUGUUUUACACCAAAGCGUUACUGCACGCGUACACCUCUUUCUGUCUUCCAGACCCGCUGACAGGUAGGACGGGGACUGAGGAGGCGUGCCAUAUUCUGCAGUCCGGGAGCUCUCAGCCGUAUGGACCGCUCAAUGAUGCCAAUAGACAGCUCCUCGAUGCCAUUGCGAAACUGGCUCCAGUGCGGCAAUACUACCCGCCAGACCUCCGGAGGUUAGAGAAGGUGUUAUGGAACGAAAAUCUCACAUGUUGCAUACAGCAUGACCAAUAUCGCUCGCUCGUUGCUGAGAUCAACCAAAAGUCCGUACUACUUUCUCAGUUUGACUUGGACCACGAUAUCACCCCUGAGACCCAGGAUUUGUCGGGAGCAAUGGACAACGUGGACACAGAAGAAUCCAUUCCGCAUCUUUCUAAGAGAAGUCAGGCUCGUCAAGGGCUUUAUCGGCGGCCCCAGGCAGCGACGACCAGUCCUGGAGAUGCUCCGGACCUGUCCUAUGAUCCACGUGGUUAUCAAAACUACCAACAAAGCCAAGAGCAUGUUUUCCAGGUUGCUCGUUUGAUUCAUACGUGGCCAGCCAAAGUGCCCUCUCCAACGUUGUUGUCGUUGAUGUUUCAGAAUUGGCGUUUUAUUGGUGGUUAUGGCGACGAUUCUGUCAGAUUUGAACCAGUGCGGCUGACGGAGUGCCUCGAUGUUGAUCUUGCCUCCUCUUGGGGCCAGUUGGUCAACUUUUAUCGCAUGGAAGGCCGCCCGGAAGCAAGGUACAAACUCAUGUUUCUGACGGCCCUGAUAUGUUUCAGAGAAGAAAUCAACAUGAGGGCAGUCCAGACCCUUGUCGCCUUCGCAAUCCUGGAUGAUCUCAAGAACAUCGAUUUACCGUCUUGGCCUUCGUACACGCAAUUCCGCCCUGGGUUUCGUCCAAAGACUGACUAUUUCCGACAACUGUUGGCCCUGUGUACGCGAUCCUUCUCAGCGGUACAUAUAACAUCACACACCCAGAAAGAGAGGAAGGCCGUCGAUGCUGCAAGAAAAGAGCAUGAGGCUAGAGCUCUGAAACAGCUCGAUGCUCUCACAGAAUUCGCGUGCCAUCAGUGGCCGUGCCCUCAGCCGAACUUCGAAGGGUUUACAACGGAGGUCUUAGACUUGGCCACAGCUUCGGCAUUGAUUGCAAGGGAGUGGAGUGCCAUGUUUCGAAACCACGAAUUUGAAGAGCACAUACAGCAAGUUCAGGAUGUCUUGGAUAAACAUCGCUCGCCCCUACCUACAAGAAGGAAGAUCCAAAUCAAUCACUCUUCAUCACCAUCUGCGCCACGAGGAUUCCCAUUGAUAUGCUCUCACUUACUCGAGAAGGAGGGGCCGAGGAUGGCAAAUCAGGAUGCGGUGGUUCAGAAUCCAGCUUACUGCACAAAGAGAACAGCCGUCAAUCACUUCGGUCACGACAUUCACGAGUUGAGACAGAUUUUUCAACAAAUGCCUACGUCAAAAUCCUUUGUUAGGCAUGAAUACCUUCGCGGCCUGCUCAAUUCGAUAUCAGCCCUCGGAAGCCAUCGAGCAAGACCUGUCGAAGAAAUCUCAAGGUUUGAUAUGAAUCAGCUGGAUCGAUUUAUCGCCGAGGCAGAGAAUGCCGUGAGUUCGCGAUUCGAUAUGCUAGUACAGGCUUUCCAGAGAGACGAGCCUGGAGCGACAUGGCUACAUGCAGUUGGGAUCUGGCCUUUAACGACCUAUGUAUCUGUCCUCGAGACUCUGCGCAGCAACAGUUCCAUUCCACUAACAGCAUCAAUGCGAGUCGCUGUUGUUGAUUUUGGUGUUGCCAUCACUCAGUUGCAGCGAUUUCUUCGCAUACAGGAUGCAUCUCUUCGCAGAAAGUCUCAUCUUGAUGAAGAAUUGAAAAACCUGGGUCACUCGAAUUGGAAUCCGAACGAAUAUCCCGACUGGUUACUUCUAGAGAUCGAUACAAACACUCUCAUCCGUCCCAUUCAGGUCGAAGUCGCACUGGCCACCAUAUCGCCGGCGUCUGGAUCAAACUCAGUACUACAACUAAACAUGGGCCAGGGAAAGACGUCAACAAUCAUUCCUCUGGUAGCGUCUGUCUUAGCGAAUGGCCAGUCACUGUGCAGAAUUGUCGUUCCUAAGGCUCUGCUGUUACAGACUGCACAACUACUGCAACUACGACUGGGCGGACUCUUGGGGAGAGAACUACGCCAUGUGCCGUUUUCCCGCCGCACUCCCUCCAAUCCAGAAAAUAUUGAGGCGUAUGGGGAGAUCCACAAAGCCAUUUUGAAAAGUUCCGGCGUUAUCAUAGCACUUCCAGAGCACAUCAUGUCUUUCAUGCUCUCUGGUCAACAACGGCUGGUGGAUGAGAAGACCCAGGAAGCCACCCAGAUGAUCAAAGUGCAAAAGUGGCUUACCAGGAAGAGCAGAGAUGUAUUCGAUGAAAGCGAUUUUACAAUGGCAGUCAAGACGCAACUUAUCUACCCAUCCGGCCCGCAAAUUACUGUCGAUGGCGGAAACUAUCGUUGGGAGGCAAUAGAAGCCAUCCUCAAGCUUGCCGAGUCACACUUGUAUGUGCUGGAGCGAUCGCAUGAAUCGAGUAUUCAAGUGGUCCGUCGCGAGACUGGGGGGUUUCCGUUCACCUACUUCCUCCGGAAUGACGUCCAAGACGCGCUGAUACAGCGGAUCGCGAAUGAUAUCUGCAGUGGGCGAACACCACUGUUGAACGCAGAGAACUUCUCUUCGUCUCAGAUAGAGGCCAUAAGAUCGUUCAUCACAGAGGCAAGACCGCAUCAAGCUGUGAAUGCCUGUAUCUCGGACAUUUACAAGAGCAGCCAGACCGACGGUAGCAUCAUAUAUCUCCUUCGUGGCCUCCUUGUUCAUCGGAUCCUCAUCCUCACGCUGAGCAGACGAUGGAACGUCCAGUAUGGUCUCCAUCCCCUGCGAGAUCCAGUGGCGGUCCCAUAUCUAGCCAAAGGUGUCCCGUCACAUCUUGCUGAAUGGGGUCACGUUGAUGUGUCAUUACUUUUUACUUGUCUCUCCUUCUACUACCAAGGACUAUCUCCGCAGCAGCUAAAACAGAGCCUGGAGCAGAUUCUAAAAUCGGAUGACCCGGCGAGGGAAUAUGAACAAUGGACCCGAGACAGCACUAGACUGCCCGAUCGACUUCGAGAUUGGACGUCCAUCAAUAUGGAAGACAGCCUCCAGCUAUUGGAAAUAUGGCGCGGUAUCUGCCACAACAUUGCGGCUAUCGACUAUUUCCUCAACAACUUUGUGUUUCCGAAACACGCCAAGCAGUUCAAGGUCAAGCUCCAAGCCAGUGGAUGGGAUCUUCCUUUAGCUGGCAGCGGAACCAGCCUGACCACAGGCUUCAGUGGCACCAACGACAACCGCUUGUGUUUGCCGCUGACUAUCAAACAGGACGACUUGGCAGAAUUAGCGCAUACCAACGCUGAGGUCUUGACUUAUCUGUUACAAGACCGGAACCGGCAAUACAGCCUUGCAGGCUGGAGAGAUGUCUCCCACGGACGGAGCGUCUACCGAAGACUGAGCGAGCCUGACCUUUUAGGCAAGCUGUUUCACAAGAAAAUCCGCAUAUUGAUCGACUCUGGUGCAAUCAUCUUGGAGAUGACCAACGCGACGCUGGCAAAGAUGUGGCUUGAUAUCGAUACAGAGGCAACAGCUGCCGUGUAUUUUGACGAAAAUAACAAAGCCACCGUCUUGUCUCGAAGUGGGCGACGGAUUCCCUUACUGGCAUCACCCUUUGCAGAUGAUCUGAGCGGCUGCCUCGUGUACCUAGACGAAUCUCACACUCGAGGCACAGAUAUGAAGUUCCCGCCCGAUGCUCGAGGGGCAGUGACGCUCAGUCUCGGUCAAACCAAAGACCACACCGUUCAAGCCGUCAUGCGUCUUCGGCAAUUGGCAACCACUCAAUCGGUCACGUUUUUCGCACCCCCUGAGGUCCACCAGUCGAUUUUGGACUUUCGUAACAAAGGAGAACACUGGCAUCUCACCUCUCGUGAUGUGGUGUGCUGGCUUCUAGAACAAACCUGUCAAGGCCUUGAAAACCUCCAACCACUCUAUUAUGCUCAAGGCCUCAACUACUGCCGGCGAACACAGGCGGAGCGUGACCACCCCCUAUUUUUGACGCACCCAGCCGAGCGACUUGCCUACUUGAAUGCUCUUCGGAGCUACGAACAACAUUCUCUGCAAGCUCUUUACGAGCCACGUUCGGCGAAGCCCCGAAAACGUGUUCGGGAUGAAAAGUUCGAUGAUAGUCUGACCAAGCACAUCAAGCAGCUCGAACGACGACGGAGGGCCUUCCAGGACUCCGGAAAUGCCGUUCAUGCCUCAGCAUUGCAGGAGGUUGAGCAGGAACGUGAAGUUGCCGUGGAAGUGGAAACGAUCCGUGAAAGACAAAACCCGUUAUACUUCCACCCUCAGACCUUUUCUGGACUCGCCGCAGAGAUCAGACAUUUUGUACAGACGGGGUCGUUAAGGGUUGAUGACAAGGUCUGCGAAAGAGCAUUCUCGUAUAUGGCUCGAACCGAGACGAGCCUGAAAUACCCCGCCAGUCUCCCCGCGACCCCACAACUGCUUGUCUCUGCGGAAUUCCGGCGUGCGGUCAUAGUGCCUUCUGGCAGACCCAAUGAUGACUUCUUGCGCGACGUCCAGUAUAUUCUCUGGAGUCUGGCCACAGAGACAGCAAUCCUCGUGAGCCCGGAAGAAGCAGAAAUCUUGAAUGACCUAUGCCGAAAUGCCCCGAAGAGGGUGGUACAUCUUCUGACUUACGCGGCGCCUGUCACGCAGAAGAUGCUUCAGUUCAACGACUUGAAUUACUAUGCCGUACCACCGCUCCCACUGGGCUGGUCCGCACCGACGUGGCUGAAGAUCCAGGUUGGUAUAUUUGCCGGUCGCCUUUACUUUCCGUUCGAAGAACUCGAGCAGAUCCGGUCCUUUUUGGGGCUGCAAGAUAGUCAACUGAUCCGCCCCCACAAUGGACUGGAUUCGGCAAUUGAUGAAUCGCAGAUUGAUGAUACUGGCACCUCCGAUGACGACCAGCCACCUGCAAGUGAACUCCAACAGACGGCGAAUGACACGGCAGAAACCCAGCAGGCACAGGCUGCGAAGAUCGAAGCUACCAAGAUGCUAAUCUUCCUGCACGCAUGGCUUGGGACCAAAAGUCGGGGUCAGGACUUUACUCACACUCCAAUGGGAUACAUUUGUGCACGGAAACUAUUGACAGAGGAUCACCCAUUCUUCCGGACGGGCGCCGACGAAUGGGUCAGGACCAAAAUCAUUCACGGCAUAUCUGAGGACAGUUCGGACAAUCAGGUUGGCACGCAGGAUGGCGAUCAGGAUAAUGCAUCCGAUUUGGAGGAUGAAGAGUUGGAUGAGCGGCAGAAACUGACCGAGGAAGAAUUGAGACAAUCGGAGGAGAUGAAUUCAGGACAAGACGAAGACAUUACCGUCCCAGCGGUUGAUGACGACAAUCAGGAGGUUGCUGAGAGUGACGUUGCAGAGCUAAUGUUUGAUGAUGACGAUUGA